AUGGAGUUCCGCACACUCGAUCCCCGCUGGAAGAGCCUGCACGAGCAGCACGAGUUGUGGGAGCAGGUGGAUGCGCUGCAGGGCACGGUUGCGUUUUUGAGCCAAAGGCAGGAACACCAGGCAACGCAGUGGCGUGUUGUAUGUGAGGAGCAGCGACAGCACUGCGCCGACCUGGCGUCCAUAUACCAACAGCUGCAGGGGUUGCUGCUCACAGGCGUGCACGGGGAGGCGAGGCAGCGGAGCGGCAGUGUGGGGGUGGCACCGCAGGAACCGCUACGACGUGAAGUCUCCGAUUUGCUGCAGAACUUCAAACAACGCAUUGAACGGCAUGUGACGGAGACAAAUCAGCGUCUAGACAACAUGCAACGCUCUCUAGAGGACAUUCAACAGAAAAUGAAAAACGACAAUUGCGGUGUUGCGCGUCAAGAGGAGCGUCUGACACAGCUCGAGGAGCAGCAAAAGGAAAUGCUGCAGCGGAUGUCCUUCACUACAACGCAGGAUGAUCUUGAGCGGCUCCGCACCACGGUGACACAACAGCUGCACUCCCAGCAAGCGGAUGUCACGGCUGUCACACAACGUUGCACCAGGAGCGUUGAUGAGAGGUUCACAACGCAGGAAACGCACUAUCGUGAGGAGCAUGGGCGUAUUCAACGAGAGAUGCGGCAAUCCAUAGAAGAGGUCGUGCAUCGACUGCAAGGCCAACUAGAUAACCUUUGCGGUGAACUUAAGACACAUGCGUCAGCCGUCGACGUCAUAACCUCCAACUUGGAAGAACAGACGAGAGGCGAGGUGCACGAGAUUCUAACGGCACAUGCGGCAAAGACAUGCGAGCAGGUUCAGGAUGUACACCGUGAAUUGACUGGUAAACAUCUGCAGCUUGUCGCCGACACAAUGAACGCGUUGGGGAAGAUGGCCAAUUUGGCUGACGAAUUACCGCUAAAAGUGUUUUUACUGCAGGAAGAUGUCGUCAAGAUUCGCGACACUUUGCAUAGUCAGGGAGAACUAUUGAAUGAGCAGUGUCUGCAGGGUUCGCUUCAGGGUGCAUUCGACGAGGUGAAGGACUGGCUGCAGGAUCUUGAGCGGCGUUUGUUGGGUCGUGGGGAAUUUGACGAAACGAUGGCAGGGAUUGACAAGAAGCUUGCCGCACUAAAACGAGAGUUUAUCUCCCGCGGUCUGGCCGGACACACUACGGAUCAAGGCAUAGAUGAUAAGGGUAUCAGCCCUGUGGCUGCCGCCGCCACUACCACCCGCAGUGGCGGUGCUGAUUAA